AUGCUCACUGCUCAGUCGCUAACUCGCUGGAUGAACAAUGGUUGGAGCUUGUCGGAGAUAACAGUCGUUGAAUGGUUGGAGCUCGUCGGAGAGGAGGUUGAAUCUCGGUGUUUGGUGGAGGAGGAGAGGUCACAGUCAUUUGUUUGUGGAGGAGGGGAGCCCACAGUCGUUCGUUUGUGGAGGAGAGUUGUGGAGUCUACUGCAAUAAGCCUCAAGGCAGCAACUGCUGCUGCGACAGACAUGCAACCGAGGUACAUGUGGUUUGCAAGGAUAAACUCAUAUGUGGUGUAUUUGGGAGCACAUUCACAUGGCCAAGAAGUCUCAUCCAUUGAUUUAAAUCCAGUAACAGAGUCUCAUUACGAGUUUCUGGGAUCAUUUCUGGGAAGCAAUGAUAAGGCCAAAGAUGCCAUAUUUUAUUCCUACACACGACACAUCAAUGGUUUUGCAGCAACACUGGAUGAUGAAGAAGCAGCCCAGAUAGCUAAGCAUCCCGAUGUAGUCUCAGUGUUCUUGAACAAGGGAAAACAAUUGCACACAACCAGGUCAUGGGACUUCCUGGGGCUUGAAGAUGAUGGGGCAAUUCAUUCCAGCUCUAUUUGGAAGAAGGCAAGAUUUGGUGAAGACACCAUCAUAGGCAACCUUGACACUGAGCAUCCCGAUGUAGUCUCAGUGUUCUUGAACAAGGGAAAACAAUUGCACACAACCAGGUCAUGGGACUUCCUGGGGCUUGAAGAUGAUGGGGCAAUUCAUUCCAGCUCUAUUUGGAAGAAGGCAAGAUUUGGUGAAGACACCAUCAUAGGCAACCUUGACACUGGUGUCUGGCCUGAAUCAAAAAGUUUUAGCGAUGGCGAUAUGGGACCAAUACCUUUGAGGUGGAAAGGAAUCUGUCAAAAUGAUAAAGAUGCUNUUAUGACAGCAAUAUGCAUUGAUAUAUUGUUUGUUUCUUUUACAAUCAUGUUUCACUUUCUCCACAUUUACAUUUUGUUUAAUGGAACCAAGCCAGGUGUCUGGCCUGAAUCAAAGAGUUUUAGCGAUGGAGAUAUGGGACCAAUACCUUUGAGGUGGAAAGGAAUCUGUCAAAAUGAUAAAGAUGCUGGCUUUCAUUGCAACAGAAAGCUGAUAGGAGCAAGAUAUUUCAACAAAGGAUAUGCUGCUGUAGUUGGACCUCUAAAUUCUUCCUUCAACUCACCACGAGACAACGAAGGCCAUGGGUCACACACAUUAUCAACUGCCGGUGGUAAUUUUGUUGCUGGAGCAAGUGUAUUUGGGUUUGGCAAUGGGACAGUGAAAGGUGGAUCUCCAAAAGCCCGAGUGGCUGCUUACAAGGUUUGUUGGCCCCCGGUGGGUGGCAAUGAUUGCUUUGAUGCAGACAUAUUGGCAGCCUUUGACAUGGCCAUUCAUGAUAGUGUUGAUGUGCUGUCUGUGUCACUUGGAGGGGACCCUAUUCCCUUCUUCAAAGACAGUGUUGCCAUUGGCUCCUUUCAUGCAGUCAAGCAUGGCAUUGCUGUGAUUUGCUCAGCCGGAAAUUCUGGACCUGAUAAUGGUACUGUUUCCAACAUAGCACCAUGGCAGAUCACAGUUGGAGCCAGCACCAUGGAUCGCCAGUUUCCUAGUUAUGUAAUCCUUGGAAACAACAUGCGCUUGAAGGGAGAAAGCCUUUCACCUAAAGCACUACCAAAUGGAAAGUUCUUUCCAAUUGUCAGCGCUGCACGUGCCAAAGCUUCUGGUUCAUCAAUGGGAGAUGCGUAA